AUGAGAAACCACAAUAACUACAGUUUUCGUUGGGGCCCAUUGCUCACUCUAAUUCUAACAUUUCUCUCAUCCGGAGCACACGGCUCUGAGCAAUGUGGUUCGGAUUUGAAGCCACAAAAAUUAGUGGUCGUCGGUGUUUGGAAGCGUUCCUUCGACAAUUCCACAGCCCAAUACCGUAUUUCUGAUGAAGACCUAUCCGUUCGCGGGUACGAAAGAGCGAAUACCGACAAAGCGACAUCUACAGUAAUGUUGGCUCGACAUCCGGAGAGUUGUAUCGUUCAUGAAUGUGGUGUUCGCUUGUCAGCAAUGAUGCAAGUCAAUGGAGCGAUCUUGCAUACCGAUCAUCGAUCGAUAAGGAUGAACGACUCGACGAUGGAUAAUAUUGAGGACGAGUUUUAUUGCGCCGACAAGAGCGGAUUCUGUGGUGCGGAUGUUCCGAUUUAUCGAUUGGUUCAGCACUCGUUGAAUGGACCGCGCAUUCGCAGGCCGCGGCCAACCUCAGAUCUGUUCUUGACACCCUAUAAACUUCCAGACUACUCCUACUCCUUCGACAAUGUUGGUCAAUCUCAACCCGGCUACGAGAAAGAAUUCUUUCCACUUUGCUAUGCUUGGCGUCAAACUCCAUCCGUUGUCCUAUUCAACUCAUCCGACAACGGAGUUUGUCUGAAAAUUCCAGAUGUGGAAAACGGAAAAAUCGAGUAUUCCAACAAUCAACUGAACGUGUUUUCCAUUGGAACAUCAGCAACACUUCGGUGUGAUUCUAGAUUUGUUGGGAAUGGAACGAAUAAUUUGUUGUGUACCAAAGAUGGAUGGUAUCCGAGACAAGAGAUGAUGGGAAAUUGUGUUAGUCAAGAAACUUCAAAAAAACCACUCCGCCUCGUCGUCGCUUCUGACGUCGUCAACCCAGAAGCCACUUGCCCCAUCUCCACCACCCCUAACGGCAACGUCGUCUACUCUGCCAACGUUGCAGCUUCCACUUCCAAAACGUCGGUUCCAUCUGCCACGCGAGCUACCGUACUCUGCAAUCUGGGAUUCGUUCCAACAACCUCCGUCACUUCAUCAACAUGUGUCGACGGUGAAUGGAUUCCAGCACUACCCCAAUGUUUGUCAUUGUUGGAUUUGAAAUGUCCAAUUUUGUCGGCGCCGAGGAAUGGAGAGCUCGUCUUCACCAACUCGCCGAAACCUCCAUACUCUCUCGACUCAACAAUCUCUCUGAAAUGCGACCGGAAUUUCUUCGGAAUGGGAAAUCUGACUGCCAAGUGCACGUCAAGUGGAUGGGACCAAAAAAUCGGGCGGUGUGAACCGGUAGGCAUUCGAAAAAUGGCAUCAGCAGAGAGUCUAUCAACCGGAACACCCUGCUCAGCAAUCGCCAGCCCGGCCAACGGAAACUUGCUCUACGUCCAAUCCAGCCUAUCCCAAAACUAUGCAUCUGGAACAUCGGCGUAUCUCAUGUGCUCCCUAGGAACGUCCCUAUCUGGCUCCGUAUCCACAAUGUGUACAAAUGGGCAAUGGUCACCGGCUAUAGGACAGUGUACAAGCGCUCCAACGCUGGGUCAAACUACUGGAAACUGUGCAGCUAUCCCGAAUCCGGUCAAUGGAACUGUCACCUAUACUUCUGGAUUGGGCACUUACACAUCUGGAACGAUCGCCACGCUGACUUGCAAUUUUAUGAGUACUGUAUCUGGCUCGGCCACGAGCACAUGUCUCAGUGGAAUAUGGAAUCCCGCUAUGGGAACAUGUACGGCUUCUGGAACAGGAGGUGUUGGUACAGGGACCACAUGUCCGAACCCAGUGGUGAUCAAUGGAGUUAUCACAUACAGCCAAGGAAAUCCGUUGGAUGUGAGUCAAGUUACCCGUCCAAUGUUAACCACAGCUUCGCUUAGAUGUAACAAUGGCUACACACUGUCUGGGAACUCAUUAGCCACGUGUAUCAGUGGAGCAUUCACUCCGUCACUUGGCACUUGCACACUUGGAACAUCCGGAGGCACUGGCACAACAUGUAGUACACCAUUUAUUAUGAAUGGAGUCGUCACUUUCAGUCAAGGAAACACUUGGGAUCAAAGUUUGCCGAAAUUGGAGCAGCGGCCCAACCAACUCACUCGCCCGUCUGGCACCACUGGUACACUCUCUUGUAAUUCUGGAUACUCAGUCACUGGAAAUAGCCAGGCAACUUGCACAAAUGGAGUCUUCACUCCAGCCCUUGGAACAUGCAAUCUCGGAACGGGAACAGGAGGAGUUGGUACAGGAACCACGUGUCCGAAUCCAGUGGUGAUCAAUGGAAAUAUCACAUACAGCCAGGGAAAUCCGUUGGAUACAACUCGCCCAGCACUGACCACAGCCAUGUUGAACUGUAACAGUGGCUACACACUGACUGGAAACACAAUAGCCACAUGUAUCAGUGGUACAUUCACUCCGUCACUUGGCACUUGCACACUUGGAACAUCCGGAGGCACUGGCACAACAUGUAGUACACCAUUUAUUAUGAAUGGAAUCGUCACUUUUAGUCAAGGAAACACCUGGGAUCUCACUCGCCCGUCUGGCACCACUGGUACACUCUCUUGUAAUUCUGGAUACUCAGUCACUGGAAAUAGCCAAGCAACUUGCACAAAUGGAGUCUUCACUCCAACCCUCGGAACAUGCACCUCGGAACUGGAACAGGAGGAUCAGGGAAACCCGUUGGAUACAACUCGCCCAGCACUGACCACAGCCAUGUUAUACUGUAACAAUGGCUUCACACUGACUGGCAACUCAAUAGCCACGUGUAUCAGUGGAACAUUCACUCCGUCACUUGGCACUUGCACACUUGGAUCAUCUGGAGGCACUGGCACAACUUGUAGUACACCAUUCAUCAUGAAUGGAAUCGUCACUUUUAGUCAAGGAUAUGUUUAUGAUCUCACUCGCCCGUCUGGCACCACUGGUACACUCUCUUGUAAUUCUGGAUACUCAGUCACUGGAAAUAGCCAAGCAACUUGCACAAAUGGAGUCUUCACUCCAGCCCUUGGAACAUGCAACCUCGGAACUGGCACAGGAGGAGUCGGAACUAUGCAGUGUACUGCAAUGAUUGCUCCAAUCGGAGGUAAUGUAACAUACUCUAAUGGCGGACAAAUAGGACCAUUCCCAAGUGGGACCACUGUCACGGGAUCAUGCACGAAUGGAGGAGCAGUUCAAGGAGCCUCUUCCGCCCAAUGCUCCAAUGGAAUGUGGAGUCCAAUGUUUUUGGGUACAUGCUCUCUGAUCGGUGGCUCGACUACCGGACAGUGUAGUGCGCCAACUCUGCCAGCUGGCGCUCAAGCUACCUAUGUGCCAUUCUCUUUGAGCACCACUAGCUACACAUCUGGAACAGUGGCUACUGUAACGUGCACUUCUGGAGGGUCUAGUCUUGGUUCAACAACUUGUACAAAUGGAUUAUGGAGUCCGGCAAUUACUGGAAUCUGCUCAGGGACAGGAACGGGAACAACUUGUCCAGCUCUGACGCGUCCGGUUGGAGAAUCUGUAACAUACGAUGGUCAAACCUCAUUUGCCACAACAUUCAACACUGGAGAAAUUGCACGAGUCACAUGUACAAAUGGGACACAAAUCGGUCAAGCGUCGUGUCUUGGUGGUCAAUGGAUUCCAGCAAUCACUGCCACGUGUUCAGGAUCUAGUACGGCGAUUGGGACACAAUGUAUUGGAGUGAUAGCGCCAGCGAACUCACAAGUCAGAUACAGUGAUGGAGACAUGGUCCUCCACGCCUCCGGUGCCACCGUAACACUGACUUGCCUCAACUCCGCUACCGUAACCGGCAACACCAUCUCAACGUGUACUAAUGGAGCAUGGACACCGACACUUGGUACCUGUUCCUCUUCUGGAACAUCAACCGGACCAUGCUACACACCCCCAUUGACACCAACCGGUGCCACGCUCACCUACUCUUCUGGAUUCUUCGCUCCAUGGACGGCAGGAAGCACGGCCACAAUGUCUUGUCCAUCUGGUCAAACCGCGCAGGGAACUACCGUAACAUACUGUACAAACGCCGCAUGGGCUCCAGCGCUGGGUACUUGCUCUGGGUCGGGUACGGGUCUUGGACAAGCAACCACCCUCACAACCAUGUCUUCCACUUCUGCCACGUGUCAAUAUCUUCCAAUUGCUCCACCCUACAGUACCAUUGUGACCAGCCAGACGGCUCCAUACUCAUCUGGAACCGUCGUCACACUUCAAUGUGAUUCUGGAUAUCAAGUCCAGGGUCAAAAUACCACGUCGACAUGCCAAAACGGCUUGUUCACUGAAAUUACAGCUCAGUGUACUAGGAUUUGA